ACAGCGACGUGAGAGUACAGUAAACCGUCGCAGCGCGCGUGUGUGCGUGAAAGAAUGCAUAUGUAUGGGAGGGUGGAGAGUGUAAUAGCAAACAGCAACGUUUAUUUCGUUCAUUUUUAUUUUGUUGGCUCGUGUGAACGCAAGUGUUGGUGAAAUCGUGUGGCAAAAGUCAAUUUGAAGCUGGAAAAUUUACCUUAUAGACCGCAGUGGCCUUAUAAGAACAUUGUAAAGAAAACGAACCACGCGCUGAAAACAUUUAAACAAUAUAUUUGAGAAAGAAAAGUUAUUUUUCGACCAAAAACAUAGCAUAGCGAGUGCGGAUAACGUCAAAAGAAGAAAGCAAAAUUUUGCAAGGCGAGCGACCCAUGGCAGUGUGCGUGCAUUGAAUUCGGCAUAAAUAUUGAGACAUUUUAGUAAAUUGUUAAAAUGGAUGCACAGUUUGAGCACUUGUGUCGUAUUUGUGCGGCCAACACUAAGAGCAAAAACAACUCUGUGGUCGAAAGUGUUUUCAUAUUCAAGACCCAAGGUUUAAAGGAUAAAAUAUCGCGUCAUCUAUACCUAAACGUAGCUGAGGAGGAUCCACUGCCCAAGGUACUCUGCAAAUCCUGCUAUCGGCAGGUGGAGGCAACAUCGUCACUCUCGAAUAUAGCAAAGCACACACAACUUGUGUUUCGGGACUUUUUACUAAGCACAGUGCCAAAAAAUGAUCGCGAAGCAACGGCAGCACGGCUUGACAUGCCAAUGGAGCAGACAGUUAGAAAAAACGUGGAAAAGCAUUCGGUGCCUGAUGAAUUCCGUCCGAUUUUUCUGACUCGUGGACCAGAAACCACCAUCACUGUAUCAAUGCCCCAGGCGGGCACUCAAGAAGAGGAUGACAUCGUGGGCGAUAGAGUGAAGGAGAUCCACCACGAGACGCGAAGGGAGCAUGCCCUACCAGUGGCAUCUUCCAGCUAUAGUAAUAGCAUGGCUGGCAUAAGUACAGGGACAAGCAAUAAUAUACCAAGGCGGCGCAGCAGCGUUUUUGUUGAUACGCGUUACGGUUCGGCACCGAUGUCGAUAGCACAGCGGUCGAUGCAGUGUCCUCCAUCCUUAGCUCCCCUUCAUUCCGAUGUGAGGGCUUUGAAAACAUCGAAAAGCAUCCCGGAAAAGAAACAUUCGCCGGCAGGCGUGAUUAACUUUAUUCAGACGCAUGGACGCGUUACGGGCAACGCACCUACUUUCAGUAGUAGUAGCACCAAAAAGGAUUCCGGACAAAACUCCAACGGAACGGAUACCAGAAAUCCUCAAGCUUCCGUGCAGGCUUCACCCUCUCCCAGUAGUGUCGGCAUUCCUAAUCUUCCCAAUAGCGUGCUGCAGCAAAAACGGAGAAAUCUCAAAAAUGCAUUGAACAAUAUAAAAGCCAUACACAGUGGACAGGUAUCAUUGCUGAAAUCGGCUCAAAGUCGACAACCAGUUGCCAAUCUUAGACCAUUGGUCACCACUACAGUAGUGCCACACCGAUCCCUGUAUGGAUGUGAGCCAUGCGUCGAAGAAGCACUGCCGGAGCACAUUAUUAUAGCGGCACCCAAGAAAAAAAAGGAUGAUGUCCACCACAUGGUCCAAAAGGGGCCAUCAAAACUUAAAAAGAUAGUUUCAAGCCCAACCAAAUCUGCCCCUGUCACACUCGACUUAACGUUAGCACCGACCGGUCCACAAAGUUCUGGCCCAUCGCCAUCGAUGUCUAAUGUAAAUAGCCUUACGGAUGCCAUUUCAUUGGGAAGUGUUAUUCGGGAUCCUGACUUGUUAAGGCUUAUUCUAAAAGCACUCAAAUGGCCAGUCUCAGACGGAAAUUGUGAAGAGCAAAUGACUCGUUUAAAGAGCUCAAAGUUUGCCGGUAUUAUGUCUGACAACAAUCUCUUGCAAGACACUGAUCUCACGCAGUUGCUCGGCCCGUAUUUGGCUCCUAUGCUGGCGGUGGUGCAAAACCACGAAAAUCAGUCGUCUACAUCCCUUUUCGCAUCGAACUCGUUGACUUCACCGGCGGUAAACGAGGUUAUAAACAUAGCUGACUUAUCAAGCUCGAUUCCAUAUAAAUUACCUCCGGAAACGUCAGUUCAAUUAGUGCCAUCUAGUCCCACCGAUCAGGAACCACCACAAUUACGGCUCAUAAAGACAGUCCCCUCCGUAAAGCGCCCACAACGAAAGAUGCGCGCCCGCGAAUUUGUUUCUGGAAAGCCGCACACUGACACUGCAGCCGCCACAUCGAAUGCGGAACGUGUUACCAACGAGCUACUAAACAUCAACUCUAUGCUAAUGUCACAAUUCAGAUCUAAUCCAGCCGAUGCGCUUAACGAAGCGCUUAUUUCAAUGCUUAAGGAACAACAGGAAUCAAAAGACCAAUAUAAAAGCCACCGUCGUCGUAGUGCAUCCAGCAGUAAUCUAAAUUUGGAAGAUAUUGUGCUAGUCGAACCGCAACCGGCCCUAGAGGGCGUUCAAACUGUUUCUGACAUCAGCGAGGUAGACGACCUAAGCCCGCAACCCCAAGAACCUUUGAUAACACGCCCAAUUGUAAAGAGGCGCAAGACCGUCACUCCGUUAUCCGAACUGCCUGAAAUCAUAGUGCCUAAUGAGGAAGAACCCCUGACUCUCAUAAAAGGGAAUGAAACCAGUGCUGCAACAGGGCCUACUAUUUCUAAGAAUACAGAAGAGGAUACAAAUAAAGAUGGGAAAUCGCCAAGUCCUCAAGAGCCAUUAGAAUUGUCACAAGCACCCACUAGUACCGUCCCUGAAGCCAAAAACAAUGACGAUAUUACACCCAACGCUCAGGAACAACCUGAGGCAACAACUGAUGCCGCUGCAGGUAUUUUCAAUGAUAUCGAAGGUGUCGGCAAAACAGGAAUUCGCAAAUCAGAUGUCAAGUCUGCUCUUGGUCAAAAAUUGUUAGAGGCCAUUGGUCUACCCCAGAAUAGCGAUUUGCCACCGGAGAGUUCACGAGAUACUGUCCGAAGCGCACUAAAACGUUCUUUGAAAAAGGCCCAGGAGCAACAGCAACAAUUGAAGCGAGUCAAGCAGGAAGAGCCAGUGAAACAAUUGGCAGACUCAACCACCAAGCCGAGUGCUUCCGAAUCAGCUGAGGAGCAUAAAAAGGCCAUAGCGGAACGAGAGCUUGCGCUACUGAAACGUAGAUCUAAAGUAUCUGAAGAAAGAAAACCAUCACUGAAAGAUGAAAAAUCUGAACGUACAGAUGUUAGCUCUUCCUCGUCGCGGAAUCGUAGAAAUCGCAAAUCCAAGACCGACGUAUUAGUGGAAGACUCAGCGGAUGAAGAAAAGAAACCCGAGCGAUGGGAUGAGGAUGAUGACUUGCCGUUGAAAACGGAAGGGGAGAAAGCCUUAGAAAGGAGCGGCAGCAGUAGCAGCAGUCGCCCCGCACGCACCAGCAAGACUAUGUCCAAGUAUUAUAAGGGACCUAGCGGUGACAAAACAUUAUCGUCCCUGAAAUCACAACACUCAAUGGGUACACGGUCGACACGGCAACGUUGAGAUGUUUGAAAUACACGACUCGCUUACCUUUCACGUAUCAAAUACGACAAUAUAUUUUUGGACAAAUAUUGUAUAUAUUUAAGACGCAUUUUCAUGCAAAAAUGUCGAUGUGUUUAAUGUACACGCGAAUACAUUAACUAUGUUAUAGUAUAUAGCAGUUAUUUGUGCAGCUGAAGCUUAUUAGCCGUAAUGGUGCGAAAAUAGUUAAACUAUUUGAAAAUUUCAAGGAAUAUAUACACUGAGUUGGACCAGUAUGUAAAAUGGCACUUCUCUUUAUGCUUAAAGAUCAUAUUUGAUACUUCCUAAUGAUUUGGUCCGUAUUAAGUACUUUUAGUAAUUUUGCAACAUCUUAUCUUUUAUCCCAAUAAGGGUUUUUUGUACAUACAUAUACAUAUAUAUAUGUAAAUAUUCUAACAUAGAAAAUGCUUAACGUAAACUACUAUUAUGCAAUUCAUUUCUUGGAACAAGAAAAUUGAAGGGAGUGCUGGAUAGCCGCUUUUGUCAAAUUGUUUCUUUUCACUUACAAUCAUUGAACAAUACCAUCUAUAAAACAGAAGAUCAAACCUCCAUUCAUAAUCAGCUCUUAAUAGUAUGCAUAUGUAUGUAAGUCAUCAGCUAUUGCGAAGUCUACUCUUACGUUGCUUAGUUUUACCUCUAAAUAACCAUUCAGAUUUUGUUUAAUAACAUAAUAACCCCAGCAAUCACUAUUUUCGCGAAAUAAAUAUUAAACAUUUAUUUGUAUUAUGCGAUAA